GACCUGCCGCCACUUCCGGGGCGGGGCGGGCGCCAUGGCGAUCUUCAGCGUCUAUGUGGUGAACAAGGCGGGCGGGCUCAUCUACCAGCUGGACCAUCACGCGCCCCGCGCCGACACCGAGAAGACCUUCAGCUUCCCGCUCGACCUCGUCCUGCGCCCGCACGAUGAGCGAGUGGUGGUGGCCUUCGGGCAGCGCGACGGCAUCCGCGUGGGCCACGCUGUGCUGGCCAUCAAUGGCGCCGAGGUGAACGGGCGCUUGACGGCAGAUGGGAAGGACGUGAUGGAGUACCUGAGCAAUCCCGCCAACUACCCCGUGUCCAUCCGCUUCGGCCGCCACCGCCUCUCCUCCAACGAGAAGCUGAUGCUGGCCUCCAUGUUCCACUCGCUCUUUGCCAUUGGCUCGCAGCUGUCCCCCGAAGUGGGGAGCUCCGGGAUCGAGAUGCUGGAGACAGACACCUUCAAGCUGCACUGCUUCCAGACGCUGACAGGGAUCAAAUUCAUGGUGCUGGCUGACCCGAGGCAGGCGGGGAUAGAUGCCCUGCUCCGCAAGAUCUAUGAGAUCUACUCCGACUUUGCCCUGAAGAACCCUUUCUACUCCCUGGAGAUGCCGAUCAGGUGCGAGCUGUUUGACCAGAACUUGAAACUCGCUCUGGAGGCUGCAGAGAAAGCGGGACCCUUCGGACCGGGAUCAUAGAGGAAACCUCACCGGCUGCACAGACUCAGCCUCUCUGUUCCCCACCGGCCUCUGCCUGAGCGCUCUCCACAGCAGAGCCUCCCUAUCCCCCGAACUCGCUUCCUUCUCUCCCAAGAUACCGCUACCCCCUUUGUUGAGGUUUACUUCACUCCACCUCGCUCUGACCAUCGAUGUGGGCCGGAGCGGCUCAUUCCACGCUGCGGCUGCCCUGCCUCAGGGCACGGACAGACGGAUGGGGUGCAGCUGUGCCGCAGCUGGUUCUUCGAUGUUGGUUCUGUGGCUGU